AUGAAUAAUAACAUGCCACCAUUUUCUUCCGUGAGUGCAAAAUGGUUAUAUGACAGCCCAGUAAAUUCUGAUGUUGAGGUAAAACUGAGACAAUUCUUGGUUGAAAAUGCUGAUAAAAUAAUUGGAAUCCAGGUUUGUGCAUACAAAGACGGUAAAGUAAUAAUAGAUACGGCUGCCGGAGUGUUGGGAAUAGAUGAUGAUGAUCCUCGUCCGGUUCAGCCUGAUAGCUUAUUUCCUGUUUUCUCCGCAACUAAAGGUGUCACAUCAGGCUUGGUUCACUGGCUGGUCGAUAAAGGGAAACUCAAGCUUGACGACAAUGUCGCGAAGAUAUGGCCGGAGUUUGGUAUUAACGGAAAAGAUCAAAUAAAGGUUAAUCAUAUACUUAAUCAUACUGCUGGUCUGCACAACGCACUUGCUGGCAUUUCUGAAGAAGAUCAUCUUUCAUUAUUUUGUAAUUUUUCUGAAUGUAUAAAAUGCAUAGCUGCAGUCUGUCCUGAGACUAAACCUGGUAGUGUACAGUUGAACCAUUAUCUAUCAUAUGGCUGGUUAUGUGGUGGAAUCAUCGAGCAUGCUUCAGGAGAGAAGUUUCAGGACAUUCUUGAGAAAGCUUUUGUGCGUCCGCUUAAUGUUGAAGGAGAGUUUUAUAUAGGCAUUCCUACCGGAGUUGAAUCUCGUUUGGCAACUCUUACGGUAGAUGAAGAUGAACUAAUUUUGAUGGCCAAAAUACUUACACCGGACCGUUUUACCUACAUGCCUUCCACAUUCUCUUUCGACGUAGUUUCCAACCUUAUUACCAUAUCCAACACCAUCAAGGUUCGUCGUGCCAUACUACCUGCUUCCAAUGGACACUUUUCAGCUCGGGCAUUGGCUCGCUACUAUGCCACCCUUGUGGAUGGCGGUGUAGUCCCACCCAUCCAUUCCUCUUCCCUCCCGCCACUCGGAAGCCAUCCUCACAACCCCGGUUCCCCUUCCAAAAAAACUACUCAUGAAGUUGACAUGACUAAGAUCUUUAAUAACUCUAAAGAGGAAGUUCUCGAUGCUUUCUUAGGACUUGGAGAUCAUAAAGAUUUAAUCGUACCAAAUGGGAUGUUUGGACUCGGUUUUAACAAGGUUAAAGCAACCAAUGAUUCUAUAAUUGGGUUUGGGCACACGGGUUUAGGUGGAUCUACCGGAUAUUGUGACAUAAGCAAUAGGUUUGCGAUUUCCGUGACCUUAAACAAGUUAUCUAUGGGUGCUUUCACCGGGGAGAUCAUCAAUCUUAUUUGCUCGGAACUUGAUCUUCCUAUACUAAAAAUGUAUAAAGGAUCAAUGGAGAAAAAUAAGAAACUAGUCAUCAACUAA